AUGAAACAUCAUCUACGACGAGUCAUUGGAAACGCUUUCUUGCCACGCGAAAUCUUUAGCACCAUCCUAGCGCAAGUCGAAAGCUGCCUCAACUCCAGACCCAUCACACCGCUUUCCAGUGACCCAAAUGAUCUGCAAGCCCUAACACCAGGGCAUUUCUUAAUUGGUCGGCCUCUGGAUGCCUUGCCGGACCCCGAUUACACCAGCCUUCCUGAGAAUCGUCUACGCUUGUGGGAACGAGCUCAACGCCACACGCAGCACUUCUGGCAAAGGUGGCACCGUGAGUACCUAACAACCCUACAACAACGGUACAAGUGGUCAUCCGUAACCCGCAACCUGGCUGUCGGGUCGAUGGUCAUGAUUCAGGAAGAGUCCCUCCCAGUCCUGAAAUGGUCCCUGGGGCGAGUGGUAGACAUUCAUCCGGGCGCAGAUGGAAUGGUGCGCGUAGCCUCUGUCAGGUUGCCAUCCGGAACCGUGACGAAACGCGCCAUUUCCAAGCUGUGUAUCCUUCCAAUCGAGGUUGAUCCAGCGCUCCUUCCAGGUCCAUGCGCAGGUCCCUCAGUCACACCGGCAAACUCCACAGGACCAACAGGCGAUCCUGGUUCCCACAGUGCCUCUGCAGGUGCAGCUGGUACAACCAUUGACGCAGUCUCAAGUGAAGACGAAGAAUAA